UAAGUACUGUACUUGAACGUGAAGAAAUCUAGGAAAGAUUGCCGUGAGAAAUAGUACCAUCAUUUCGAUUCAAAAUAGGUCUGCCAUCGUAGAGCCAUGAACUUGGAAGCAACCGCGAAUCUAUUUCCUUUUUAAGUUCCCACCGAUUGAAAAGUACCGAUUACUCCUUCCCUUAUCUUUAUUUCCUUGUCCUUUUCACAUUCAGUGGCUGAAAACAAGGUUUCUAUAUCCGAAUUGGGAUUAGUGCACAUUUAGGGCUCGAAAAUUCCUCUUCGCUUUCAAUUUCUUAUUUUUGAGGAAAUUGUAAUGGCUGCCGCUGCGACUUGCAAGCGAUUGGCACAAUUGAGAACGAGGUCGGGGAUUGCCAUGCCCAUAACACAAUUUUCGAGCUUUGAGGCCUCAAAGUCGUUCUCUUCCAACUCAAGUCUCAGAUCAUUUUCCCAAUUGGUGAAAUCAAAUGGACAGCGGUUGUUCCUCGUUGAUACAUUAGUCCUUGUUAGGAAACUUGAGGGGCAAGGAUUGCCCACAAAGCAGGCUGAGGCGAUAACUGAUAUCAUAACUAAACUUUUGAAUGACAGCCUGGGAUCAUUAGUAUCAAAAGCAGAGAUGCAAAGGACUGAAAUGCUCCAAGAGUCCAGCCUGUCCAAAUUCAAAGCAGAGGUGCAGAGCUCACAGGGACAUCAUUUCUCCUCGCUGCUACAUGAGAAUGAAAAACUAAGGAAUGAUAUAGAGAAGAUGCGCAGUGAAUUGAGGUAUGAGAUAGAUAAAUUCACAGCUGGACAACGAUUGGAUUUGAAUCUUGAAAGGGGGAGAAUAAGGGAGGAAUUGUUUGAUCAGAAUGCCGAAACUGACAAUCUGAGUAACAAACUUGACAGAGAGGUUAAUGCUCUAAGGGCACAGUUAGAUGCAGCAAAAUAUGAUGUUAUAAAAUAUUGCAUAGGAACCCUUGUCUCAAUUUCUACUGUUGGACUUGCUGUUCUCCGCAUCUUGAUGUAACCAGGUUGUAUUCUAAUUUAAACACAAUAAUGGUGUAGUUGAUGGGAAGAUAAUAUUGUAUGUUUUAUAAAGAGCAAUUUCACCGAGUCACUGUAAUACAGAAUUUGAAGUCUGAAUUUUACUUUAUCACUUUAAGAUAGUUGUCAUUGACCAAGGUAGACAAAAUCGCGAGUUGGCUCGCGAAAAUGUACGAGUUUAUGUUUCUUCUCUCUCUCCGUCACGCUUCUACUAUUUGAGUCGCUGGAGUUGCUUAUGCACAGAAACGCCGGGAAAAGUCGCAGAGUCGUCGGAAUCGCGGUUCUGCCGAUGACCUAUGUUUUGAGAAGAAAGUUGACCCAAAGCUUAGUUUUGUUGUGCAAUGCAAAAUCCAACUUGGAUCUGAAGCAUAAUCUGCUAAGAAGGUGUUGGAACCUUAGGUGUUCUUCCUUUUUUCCCUUUCUUUGCUUCUAAUGUGUUUAAUACACCAUGUCUUUUUUUCUAUUUCAUCACUUUGAUAGGUGUUAUUCUAUUAGAAGAGGAAUAAGGAUAUGUCUAGAAAUAAGUUUAUUGUUUUGAACAAAAACAAUAAGAGGUAGUACAGAGUUAAGAUGGUGAUGUGGAAAAUGAAAAUUUUGGAAGAAAAGUAAAUAUGGAAGAGGCGUUGAAGAAGAGAUUGUUGGAGAAGAGAUUGGCGAUGGAACUGAAAUGAUUAAUAAAAUUGGUUUAUUUUAUUUUA